UCAUAAUGUGUACAGGCGUACAGCAACUAUAAAUUAAUGGAAUACUCUGAAAUGUGCGACGCGUUGUGAUCGUAAUGGCCUUCUUACGUAAACGCUAGUGCAAUUUGACGUGCGCCCAACAAAAGUGAAUGGUCUUUUACAUGUUACAUGUCAUCCGAUCGACGUAACACAGUCUUCCGUCUUUUGCCAGCGAAUUCGGAGAAUCUCCAAAGUACCUCGUGUAAACUCUGCAUCUAUAUCAAGUUUAUCGAUCUUACAAUUUCGCAGAAUAUGUAAGAUACUAGAUAUCACGCAACGAGAAGCGUCUUCUUGCUCCUGUCAAGAUCAGGGCAAGUCGAAAUGUCACGAUAUGCCGAAACUGUGCCGGACGCUACACUUUCGCGAAUACAAAUGCAACAGUCACUCUCUUCGGUCUAAUAAAUAAUACAAUUGUGGAUAUUAAAGUCAGAAUGCUGUAAAAAUGCCGUCGUUGCUGGAAGCGCUGGAGCUAAAGUACGGCAGCUCGACAACGGACUGCUCGUUGACGGAUGAUGAAGCGGAGUCCGGCUCGCCCAAGGCCGCUCUAUCAGUGAGCAUCUUCAUCCCCAAGAAGUCGCCGCGACACACGGUGCCGGCGCUGUUGGUUCUCCAGGACUGCGAUAUCGAAUCGGCGGGCAACGAUGCCGAAAAGCUACGUAGCAAGUGCAAGAACGUCGAGGAGCUUGAUCUGGCGCAGAACAAACUGUCGCAGUGGACGGAGGUGUUCGGCAUCCUGCAACACAUGCCCAAGAUCAAGUUUGUCAAUCUCAGUUUUAACUGUCUCGCGGAGGUGCUGGACGUCAAGCACGGUAACUACGAUCUUCUGAGGAAUCUCGUGCUGAACGGCACUAGGGUGUCCUGGUCGACGGUGCAGGGACUCGUGCGGCUUCUACGGAACCUGGAGGAGCUCCAUUUGUCGUUGAACGAGUACAAAACGGUGGAUCUCGAUCAUCAGAAGCCGGAGAAUGUUAACCCGGCGCUGAAGAAGUUGCACUUCACCGGCAAUCCGGUAGAAAUUUGGAACGAAAUUUCCAAGUUGGGAUAUGUAUUUCCAAAUCUGAAGAGUCUUGUCCUCGCUGAGUGCCCAAUCAGAUCGCUCGCUCUGGAGGAAAAUCGGAAUUUGCCGUCCGAGAACGACCGACGAGCGAAGGAAGAGGAUCACGGGCAGGAUAAUGAGAAUAUGAAUCAUUUAGAUGCAGAUGAGCACACGUCGUCGACGGAGGAAAAGGGAAAUAGGAUAUUCGAGAGCAAGGUCAACUAUGAUAGAUCCGAAUCGGAGUCGGAGUCCCACGGAACGACUGUCAGGUCGCCCCACGAUCCCUUCAGGAUGCUGAGGUUCUUGAACGUAAAUGGUACCCUGUUAUCGACCUGGGACGAGGUCGAGAGGCUUGCCAGAUUCCCCGCGCUCAAAUCACUUAGGAUUCAAGGAUGUCCGCUUUUCGAGAGCCCUCGAGAAUACACAGAACACGAGAGACGGCAGCUACUAAUAGCUCGAUUGCCAAACGUCGAGACUUUGAACGGCGGCGGCGUGAUAUCGUCCCAGGAACGCGAGGAUGCCGAGAGGGCCUUUAUACGUUAUUACAUGGAUAAACCGGAAGCUGAUCGACCUGAAAGAUAUUCCGAGCUCGUGGCUAUUCACGGAAAGUUGGACCCCUUGGUGAACGUGGAUCUGACACCGGAGAAAAGGGUCAAGGUCACGUUCACUUACGGAGAUCUUGUCGAGGUACGAUCGGUGGAUGUAUAUAGAACAGUAUUCGAAUUAAAAACCAAAUUGGAAAGUAUGGUGAAAAUUCCUGCCAACAGAAUGAGACUCUUUUAUGUUGACCAGGUAAUGAAGGCGCAAUACGGACCGGAAGAAAUGCUGUAUCCGAAUAAGCAGCUCUAUCGAUACAACAUUAGAAAUGGCGACGAGAUCAUCAUCGACAGCAAACUGAAUCGAUUCGCGUCAACGUCUUCAACUUCUUCCAUUCGUUCUUGAAGAUCAACACGCGAAUCAAGCGGUAUUAAAGAAAUCUAAUAGCUCUUCGAGUUUUUUGAUCUCUUACUUAUUGCUUCGCGAUGCGUUUAUUACUAAAUUGUAAUAAUCCUAUCGAUACAGAUCGAUAGAGAAAUACCGGUUUUCAUGAUCGCAUUUAUUAACGUUGCAGAUCUGAUAACCGAAAACUAUUAUAAUCGGUGAAAGACGAUUCAGAAACACUUCUUUGCAUGGAGGUAUAUAUGAACUAACAAUUUAGAAGAAUUGCAAAUAUUCAAUGUUGUAUUAUAUUGCAAAUAUUUCAGAAAUAAUAACUGAUGCAAUCAUGAAUUGGCGAAUUAAUAUCGAGUGAAAUUUUUAAGAUACAAAGUAUCUCUUUAAAAAAAAAGACAUUUUUCCGAAAACUACUAUGAAUUAUCGCGGUCAAUACAUUUUGAUCGCAGCAAAGUCUUCUGACGCUGUUAUAGAUAAUUAUUUAUCUGUAUAAGAAACUCGUUCAUCGUCUCGAUGUAUGAACUUAACCGCUACUAACGAGUCUGGCGCAUAUAGAAAAUAAUUGUUUCCAGUGUAUACAUGUACACUUAGAUAAAGUAGAUGGUCGUCGAUUUGUAAGUUUUCUUUUAAUGUAGAAUAUAAUUUUCGUCUGUUGUAGGCGACAAAAUGUAAUGGGAAAGUAGGCGACAAAAUGUAAUGGGAUUGUACAUAGUCAAUAUUUCAAUUUCCAGCCAAAUUCGAUGUAGCUACAAUACGCGAGCUUCAAGGGAGCUUACCUUCUUAUUUAUCGUUGUUCGAUUUAGGGGAUCAUAGGGACUCGCGCGUAUAGGGAAAAUAUAAUUUACGUGGAUUAUGUGACGUGUUUACAUAAAUUUUAAGAUAAAAUGCCAACACGACUGUGACGAGGCGUGUUGCUAUUGACGAAAAAAAUGAAAUAUUUUUGUAGGUCAAAGUCACAGUGUUUAGCUUUAAAGAAGUAUUCGUUCAUAACGAACGCAUUUUUUGCUCUUUGUCAAACACCGGGCAAUGAUAAAAGUGUUUAAACAGCACUGUCGCAGCUGUCGUUUCCGUCGCGCACGCAUUUUAAGUACGAAGAAUGCGUGCAAAUCUUUUAUGAAGGUCACUUGAUAUAAACAUGCAAGGGGAAUCUUGUGUUUAAGAGUAGUAGAAUGCAUCGCUGGUUCGCAAGUGUCAUCCAUCUAUAUUAUCAUCUUGAUUUUUGAAUGAUCUCUGUACUUUCUCUCAAGCUGAUACAUUUAUAUAAAAACUUUUUGUUUAGCUCUACGCAAAUUUGAAAGCACAAACGUCAUCAGGUUUCCUCAUCCAGUUUAAACGAUUUAGAAUUAGAAUAUUGCAAUAUUGAAUUCAAUACAACGUGAAGAUGAAAUCACGCAAAAUUUACAUAAAGUUAAAACUGCUUAUAAUUGAUAAUCUAUUCGCAGUAUGUACUUAAGUACAGAUUAAAUACCUUGGAACAAUGUAUUUUUUUUAAUUCCAAUGUUGAAUUAUAAUGCAAUAUGAGAUAAUGAUUGUACAUUAUUGCUUCGUCAAGGAGUGAACGAACGAAGAUCAUGUAUAAUACAUGUAUAAUACUGAUCACUAUACAACUGAAACUAAAAUCGCAAGAUGAAUUUCCAUUGAUUUUAUAAAUGAAAGUUGUAUAUAAUUUUAUUCGAAUAAUUAGAAUUCUCGUCAUUAUCUCGAUUUUCAAAAGUAUGUUUUUUUCUUUGAACGCUAUAAUAUAUCUCGUUGCAUUUAUCUUAUCUCGAUUUAGGGCACAAGCGAGCUUGCGAAAAGAGAAUUAUUAGAACGUUGCGUUGCUUUGUUCUUUGAAUCCGCCAGCACCGUGAAAAUAUUCAGCUACAAGCGUUAGAGAAAGAAAGCGAACAGUGUAUCGAGUUUCGGUCUUCUUCACUCAUAAGCAACGAAGCUUGAAGAGCCACUUAUGCCUGCCUUUACGCGUAUUAGUGUAACUCUGAUACUUCUAACACUGCCCUGUGAAUAUUAUGAAGUAUAAUUCGGGACGUGUGACAAGGCUUUGUACAUAAAGAGAAACCCUAAUCGAAUUCUCUUGCAGCGAUACAAUGCUAAUAAAAAAAUCGCACAAUUUAUAAUAAUAAUAAUAAUCUUUGAUCAACGAUUAAAGAAAUAUUCGUAUAAAGCAAGUUUUACAUAUAUUAUAUUAUUAUAUUAGAUUUGAUACUCUUCUAGUUUAGCAAUUCCAUCAAGUGAAAAAUAUUUUGAUGUUCGGUAACAAGAAAAAAUGUGUAUAAACAAAAGUGAUUUCGUUCGCGAUCAAGAAUUCAUUAAUAAACACGAUCGUGAAUUUUUUAAGGAAUCUUGCUACUCGAGAAAUUCGACUAGACGUUUCUCGGAGAUGGAAAAAGGGCCGCGAACCAGGAAGACAUUAAUUGUCGGAUUCCAAUGCCAUUCGCAUCUUGCCUUCGCGAUACAAUUGACACGCACAAUUGACAUGAAUCGUUUUCGCUAACAAGACCCGACAAAGAGCGAAAACGAAAAUCAAUCACGAAGGAAGAACAAAGGGAUUGGUAAUGGAAUCCCAUGCUGCAUGUCUAGUCUCGAAAAAAGGAACUCUGCAUUAUUCUCAUUUUAUAUAAUACGAUCCUUUUUUUGUGCUGGCGCAAAUGUACGUACUAACGAAAUAAAUCAUUUAUA